ACAUGCCAAAUGCGGCCAUGCAGUUCGCACAACUCAGGUUCAGCACGAUCUGCCGUCCGAAACGCGCCCUGGGAGAUUGGCAACGGCAGCGUCUGUCUCGGGGUUUCGGGUGUGUGUAGGCUCCAUCCGUCGUCAGCAACAGGGCGCGUCGCACUUGGGUCGAAUAGCCUAAAUCGAUCCUCGUCCGGAUCAUUUUGAAUGGUUAAGGGUUCAGUGCGGUACAAAAACGCUACAGAGUAGUAAAGCACGGUAAUCCGCGAGAAUCGCGAAGCGAUCUUGCGAACCGGACGAAAUGUGACACGUCCUACUAAGCAAGCGGCCCGUCGAUACAGCACCGUGCUGAACAGUAGAGCACCGUCGCCGAUCGUGACGAUCGGGUAGCGUCAACGAGGGCAUCGAUUCCGCGGGGAUCGACGCGGGCACUCACGCAAUCGAGCACAAGUCGCGAUUUGAACGCCUGCCAAGGAGCCGCCGCUGUACCCCACCAGACCGCCUUUGCGGCUGCACAUGCACUGGCUCUCUCGCAUUUCAAGGACCGACGCACACCAACCCGUGAUCAGAGGAGGCAGUUGCAGCAGCAGCAGCAGCAGCUAGCAGCAGCAGCAGCAGCAGCACCACCAGCAACAGCGCUAGCAGCAGCAGCAGCAGCAGGGCAGCAUGCUGCACGUGGUGGGGCUGGGGCUGUGGGACGAGAGGGACAUCACAGUGAGGGGUCUGGAGGUGGUGCGGCGCUGCCAGCACGUGUUCCUCGAGGCGUACACGUCCGUGCUGCUCGUCGACAAGGACAGGCUGGAGGCGCUGUACGGGCGCCCGGUGCAGGUGGCGGACCGGGACAUGGUGGAGAGCCGUAUUGGUGAGGUGCUGCAGCUGGCCGCCACGGAAGAGGUGGCGUUCCUCGUUGUGGGCGACCCCUUCGGCGCCACGACGCACACGGACCUCAUCCUGCGAGCGCGGCAGCAGGGCGUGGCAGUGAGCGUGGUGCACAACGCGUCCGUGCUCAACGCUGUGGGCGCCACAGGGCUGCAGCUCUACAGGUUCGGUGAGACAGUGUCCAUCCCCUUCUUCACAGACACGUGGCAGCCUGACAGCUUCUACGACCGCAUCCUAGGGAAUGCCCAAAGGGAACUCCACACGCUCUGCUUGCUCGACAUCAAGGUGAAGGAGCCAUCUCUCGAGGCCAUGGCCAGGGGAAAGAUCCGGUAUGAGCCACCUCGCUACAUGACAGUGAACACAGCAAUCAGGCAGCUGCUGCUGGUGGAGGGGAGGCGGCAGCAGAAAGCCUACACAGCUGACUCCAUGUGUGUGGGGGCGGCACGGCUGGGCGCCGAUUCCCAGCGCCUGGUGUUUGGGAGCAUGCAGCAGCUGCGGGAUGUGGACUUUGGAGCGCCGCUGCACUCGCUUGUGCUGUGCGGCGCGCUGCACGACCUGGAGAGGGACUUCCUGGAGGCGUUUAAAGUGACGGAUGACACGCCUAGGGUUGUGGAAGAUGACACAGAAGGGGGAGCGGAAGAUGAGAGUGAGAGGCCGAUAUUGUGAGGCCUUGUUGUUACCUUCUCCCCUGCUGCUGCAUGGGGUAGCCCACAGGCGUUUAAAAAUGUGAGGCUUCCGUUUUGCUAGCAUUGUGGUGCCCUUGUUACGAAGUACUGGUCAGAUGGCCUGUUCCUAGGGGAAUGAGGGAUGAAAUUUUUGAGUCGAGGUUGGAUAAAUGUGAUUCUUUGCACUUGUUUCCGCCGGCAGGCAAAUUUCCACUAAUCUUGGAAGCUGUUAC